AUGGCUAGCGCGGAAGAAAAGAUUCCAGGCGCUGUGGCCGAGCACGCUGAUAUCACCAUUGAGAAACAUGAAACCGCUGGUCAUGAGUCACCAGUCAAAGAAGCCUUCAUGGUGGCUGCAUCCAAGGGCCAAGGACUCUCGGGCUACGAGACAUUGUCUCUCUGGGAGACUUGUAAGGCUUUCAAAGUUUGCACCGCUUAUUGUUUCCUGGUAGCUUUCAGUGCCGCUACUGAUGGCUAUCAAAUUGGAAUAAACGGAAAUAUCAUCGCCAAUCCUGGCUUCGUUCGACAGUUUGCCACCAAAGUCAACGCCGACGGCGACCCCACGUUCGCCUCGCCUAUCCUCAGUGCCUGGAGUGCCAUCAUGUCGGUUGGACAGAUUAUCGGAAUGUCCACUCUGCCUUUUAUUUCUGAUCGCUUUGGUCGCAAGACGGCUAUGUAUAGCUACUGGCUUAUCCUAUGCAUGAGUGUGCUUGCUGAGUCCCUUGCCCGGACCUGGCCGGUCUGGCUUAUUGCUAAGCUGCUUGCUGGCAUUGGAGUUGGAUGCCUCCAGUCUACAGUCCCAACUUAUAUCGCCGAGACAGCUCCUGUGCGCAUUCGAGGAGGUCUCCUCAUUGCAUAUAGCUUCUGGUUCGCACUGGGCGCCUUCUUUGCGCCAGUGGCCCUUCAGAAGUCGCUCCGUCGCCUGCACUGGGAAAUCAGUGAUUAUGACAUUGAUCACCAAUACGAGCUUCUUGUCAUGGCCGUCAAUCAUGAGAUGGAGGUCGCCAGGGAGGCCAAAAAAGAGAAAUGGUACAAUAUCUUCAGGGGUACCGACGGCCGACGCACUCUCACAGCACUGUGGACGCUCAUGACACAGCAAUUUAUUGGUCUCACUCUAUUCUCAACUUUCGCUUCCUACUUCUUCCAGCAAGCUGGCAUUAAAGACCCGUUUCAGGCUACUUGCAUCACGUCAGCGAUCAACAUCCUCGCCAAUAUAACUAUGAUCCUUACCGUUGAUCGCCUGGGUCGUCGCAACUACUCAUGUGGUGGCUCGACAUUGUCUUGGCUAUCAUGCGUGGCUAUUGGCAUCCUUGGUGUUGCACCUCGCGUCAAGGCCACGGAUUACCUAUUCCUCUUCUUUGCCUGUCUGUGGAAUGUCGGCAUAACAGCCAACGGAGCAACAGGAUGGGGUUUUAUUGGAGAAAUAUCGUCGCAACGUUUGCGAUCAUAUACAGCCGGGUUCGGCGCGGCGUCUACCUGCGUCGCAGGCGUCAUCAUGAAUGUUUUGACCCCAUACAUGGUCAACGCAAAUGAAUGGAACUGGGAGCUCAAGACAGCUUGGUUCUACGCUGGAAUUGGCUUGCCGUUCGUGGUUGGUAUGUGGCUGUUGAUUCCCGAAACUAAAGGACGUUCUGCGGCGGAAUUGGAUGAGCUGUUUGAAAGCAAGGUCAAGCCCUGGAGGUUCCACAAGACACAGACGGCCACUCAGACUGCCCUGGAAGCUCACCAAGGAGGCUACAACAGUGUGUCGGUGUGA